AUGCUGACUGCGGUCGGAUCGGGUCGGGCGGUUCGUGUUUGUCUCUCCUUUAAACUGGGAUGGGAUUCCCCUUUUCCUUCCCGUUUUUUCCUCUCCCUCUGCUGUCAACAAUCCGCAAAGAUGGCGCCUGUAUUACCACGACGACGCUCACGGAUCACAAAACGAGACGCCCUUGGCCCUAGAUUUGACGAUGACGACGACGACGAUGGAUACAACCCCUGGAGCGACUGGAAUGAGAAGUCGUAUAACGGACCUGGAGGGGGGAACAGCGGAUCGGAUAAAGGAAUUUUGAGCGGAGAUUUUGGGCGUGACGGGGAGAGGAACAACAUCGACUUUGACCUUGACGACAGAGUCACCAGCCGGAACAACGGUCUCUCUGGCGGGCAAAUAGCGGCGAUUGUAGUGUCGAUUGUGGUCUUCUUCUUGUUGGUGUCGGGGUUGUGCUUCUGGAGAGAUCGGUGGAGGAAGAAGCGGAGGCUGGCGGAAGAGCAGACGUUGGCCGAUGAUGGAGUGAAGAGGGAUGUGUAUAUGAAGGAGCAAGGAGAAGAGCUAAGCCCUGUGUCGCCUAUUAGCACCCAAGGAGUGGGAGGGACGACGCCAACACCGGGACAGGGUAUAGGGGGACAGGAUGCGCCGCCACCAUACGAGCCGAGGCAGCCCGAAGCUGCGCAUGUUGCGGGAGGAGAGACAGCAACAGACAGCGGCAAUUGGAGACAAUCCAGACUUGGGACAGAGGAGGAUGAUAUCAUGGUUACGGAUGGGAUGCCGCCUGACAGUGGGAGACAACGAGAGGGAAAAGGGAGUGGGGGACUUGAGAUCGGAACUUGA